UUUUUUAAGGGGAAAAAUAUAUUUAUUCUCAUAACUAUUGCAUCCUUUGUCUUCUUUUUUCAAGCUUAAUUAACUUAAUUCUCGCUUCGAUUCUGACCAUGGACCAAAAGUGCGUUAUUUGCAAGAGCGCAACCUACCAUGAGCACGACACGCUGACAAGCAGCCUACGCAAGCAGUUUUGGCAAAUGACGUCCAUGCGCAUGUUUAUCUGGGGAGACUGGGAUUUGACGGACAUGGAGAGCGAUGAGAACAUUCAGCUGUUAGCAUGCCCCGUCCCAUCGAACCGGUACAUCACGUUGUUCUUGAAAAAGUACAUUGAAAAGAUCGAAAGCAUGCCGGACUAUGAACUGGACGACGAGCUGACAGAGUUUUACAUUUCACUGAUUUCCACCACAAACACAACGUCGUUUGCUCCCGGGAUGUGCUACAAGACGUAUGUUUUGGAUAAGGAGCAGUAUAUGCGGAUUGUGCUGCAGGAGGAGCAGACAAUGGUAUCCCAGGGGACUACGGGCCUUCAGACAUGGGAUGCGAGUCUUCGUUUGGCUGACUUUUUUGCGGAGCAUCCGGGCAUCAUUCGUGGCCAGAGGGUGGUGGAAUUGGGCGCGGGGUGUGGACUAGCAGGAUUUACAUGCGCGGCCAUGGGUGCGUCUAAUGUGCUCAGCACUGAUUUUAACAGCGAUGUUCUCAAACUUCUCGAGGGCAACCGCCAAACAAACACGGAGUACAAGGACAAGGUGCAAGUAGCUGAGUUGGAUUGGGCGAACCUCGAAGAGUGCGCGCGGAUUUCGAGCAACGUUGACGUUAUUAUUGGAGCAGAUGUGUCUUACGACCCGACCAUUGUUCCUUUAUUGGUGGCGGCACUCGAGACUAUGCUGGUUUCGCCGCAGCAGGUUGCCUAUAUUACGGCGGCCGUCAGAUCGCAGGAGACAUUUGAGCUGUUCCUCAAGCUAGUUGACGAUACGGGCGUGCUGGGAAAAUCGGUCAUGGAUCUGACAGAGGCAAAGAUGUCGACAUUGUGUCUCCCGAACCCGGUUUCCGACAUUCGACUGAUCCUCAUCACUCGCAAGUAGAAUGAUAUUUUGUUUUGUUUUGUUUUCUUCUGACUUAUUUCCAAACAACUUGUUACACAUGAAUUUUUUGUUUUGCAGCUG